GGAAAUUAGUAUUUACAGAGUACAACAACGCAACUAAACUGGUUAAAAAAACACGACCUUUUCGUGUACCAGUCGUGUUCCGGCGAACUAUUUAGCCUGUUUGAUGCUUAUUAGACUCCCUUUCUCUCUGUCUCUCAUUAGUCGUUUUAUCAAUUACCCCCAAAACCCUUUUCGAAUCUCUCAAUGUUUUUCUCAUUCCAUCUCAUGACACCACCGUGAAGCUCCUCAACAAUUAGGGUUUUCUUUUUGGGGGAUUUGCAAUGGUGGGAAUCAUGGCGACGACUUCAAGGGAAAAUGUGGCGAGACUCAUGAACUCGGCCAAGUUCGCCAUUGACAUACCUUCGAAGCUCGAACAACUUCGUCAAUUGAAGGACGACUUGUCUCAGGCCGACUCUGUUUUGCUCUCCGAGUUCCUCCCUUCCCUCCUCGAUCUCCACUCCGAUCAAUUCAGUCCUGUUCGCAAGUUUGUCACAAAGAUGAUUGGUGAUAUAGGAUUGAAGCAUAUGGAAUUCAUACCUGACAUUAUACCUGUUUUGAUAACUGUAUUAAAAGAUGGAACGCCAGCUGUUGCUCGACAAGCCAUCACUUGUGGAAUUGAUCUAUUUCGUUCCACUCUUGUAAAAGUUGCAAUUCAGUUCUGUAAUUUCCAGGGUUUGUACUCUAGUGAGUUGGACAAUUCACUUGAAUCAUCAUGGGCAUGGGUGCUAAAGUUCAGGGAUGAAAUAUACUUGAUAGCUUUCCAGCCUGGGAGUGAUGGGACAAGGUUGCUAGCGCUGAAGUUUGUUGAAGCAGUUAUUCUUCUUUAUACUCCCGAUCCUAGUGGCUCUUCAGAGCCACCUCCUCAUCAAGCCUUUGAAGGAAAGUUUCCAGAGUUUAAUAUAUCAUGGCUUCGUGGAGGUCAUCCUGUACUCAAUGUUGGAGAUUUAUCAAUUGAAGCAAGUCAAGGUCUGGGUCUAUUGCUUGAUCAGCUUCGGUUCCCAACAGUGAAGUCUCUUAGUAACUCUAUGAUCAUUGUGCUCAUCAAUAGUCUUUCUGCAAUUGCAAGAAAAAGGCCUGCCUUUUAUGGUCGCAUUCUGCCAGUCUUACUAGGUUUCGAUCCUUCGGGCUUUGUCAACAAAGGGGUGUGUGUUUCUGGGGUGCAUCAUGCUUUAAAGAAUGCUUUCCUCUGCUGCUUGAAAUGUACACACCCGGGCGCUGCACCGUGGCAGGAUCGUUUAGCUGGUGCACUGAGAGACCUGAAAGCUGGGGGGUUAGUGGAACAAGCUCUUCUCCAAGUUUGCCAGAUCAAUGGAAGUGUAGAGGGGAAGGAUGAUUCACCAAUUACUCUGGAGGAGAAGCCUUCAAUUAAAGGACAUGAUGCUGUGCAUGGUAGUGCCAGAAGGAAAAGACCUGGAGUACAAGAUGUUGGUGAUUCGGUUGAAGAUGAUGAUGUGUCUGGAAAACGUAUCAGACCAACACCUAUUGUUUCAGAGGGAUCAGAGAAAGAUAGGGAUCGGGAUGACAUUCCCUCUAGUGGAGUCACAACAUCCAGAGAUGUAGAUAAUGGACCUGUGCAACAACUCGUUGCCAUGUUUGGUACAUUGGUUGCUCAGGGUGAGAAAGCUAUUGGUCCAUUAGAGAUUCUCAUUUCUAGUAUCUCUGCUGACCUUUUAGCUGAAGUAGUAAUGGCUAAUAUGCGACACCUUCCUCCCAAUCGCCCUAAAGCAGAAGGGGAUGAAGAACCAUUGCCAAACAUGGGUUCUUUUCCAAAUAUUGUUAGUUGUGAUACCCAAUUCAAACAUCUUUCGGCUAUUUUGGCAGAGAUGCUUUCUAUGUCCAGCACUCCUAUGCAGAUGGAUUCUGUGUCAGAUGCCCAACGAUCUUCAUCCCAUGAUAUUGAGGAUACUCAAGGGGAGGAGGAUAAUGAUGCAUCAUCUGCUGGUGUAAAUUAUGGAAUUGAACAAGGAUUGGUAUCUCUACCAGUUUCUUCUCCUGAUGAAGUUCCAUCUUCAACGGAGGAUGGCUUUUCAGCUCUUCCACCUGAAGUCCCUGAUGUUGGGAAUCUAGGGGGUGAGAUACCUGGUCUGGAUUCAGCUGUUCACAGUGUUGGAUUGGCUGAAACACCCAUCGUUUCAUCAUUGGCACCGACGGAUUUAGAAGAUGCCAGUCAGGAGCAAGGCACUAGUUUGGGUAGUUCAGUAAUGGAAUUAGUUCCAUCGAUAUCAACUGAUAGGUCUGAGGAACUUAGCCCCAAAGCAGCUGUCACGGAUGUAAGCAGUAGAAACUCCUUAACAGUGACUUCUGUUGGAUUGUCUACUCAAUUCAUCUUGCCCAAGAUGUCGGCCCCUGUUAUCAACCUUGCUGAUGAAGAGAAGGAUCAAUUGCAAAAAUUGGCUUUUACACGCAUUGUGGAGGCUUAUAAGCAAAUAGCAGAUGCCGGAGGUUCACAUGUCCACUUUUCUUUACUUGCAUAUUUAGGAGUUGAGUUUCCCCUGGAGUUAGACCCAUGGAAAAUACUACAAAAGCAUGUAUUGUCGGAUUACAUGAAUCACGAGGGACACGAGUUGACCCUGCGCGUCCUCUACAAGUUGUUUGGUGAAGCAGAAGAACGAGAUUUCUUUUCCUCGUCAACAGCUACAUCUGUAUAUGAAAUGUUUAUUCUGACUGUGGCAGAAGCACUUAGAGAUUCUUUUCCAGCUUCUGACAAAUCUUUAAGUAGAUUGCUUGGUGAAGCUCCUUAUCUACCAAAGUCUAUCUUUAAUCUCUUAGAGCGCUUGUGUUCUCCUGGAAGCAGUGAUAAAGAUGAGGAGUUACCUAGUGGAGAUAGAGUUACUCAAGGUCUCAGUGCUGUGUGGAGUCUGAUUUUGCUGCGGCCACCUAUUCGAGAUGUCUGUUUGAAAAUUGCUUUACAGAGUGCAGUUCAUCAUUUGGAGGAAGUACGUAUGAAGGCAAUACGCCUGGUGGCAAACAAGCUCUAUCCUUUAUCAGCCAUCGCCCAACAAAUAGAAGAGUUUGCAAAGGAAAUGCUGCACUCUGUAAGUAAUGGUGAUGAUACAAUGGACAGAAUUGAUGGUGACAGAACGGAAUUACAGAAGGACUUGGACAAACCUUCAACUGAACAACUAUCAGUGGGUGCCGUCACCAAAGAUAUCUCCUCUGAUACUUCUCAGUCAUGCGUAUCUCCGAAUUUAUCAUCUUCUUCAUUAAUGGAGGCACAGCGUUGCAUGUCGCUCUAUUUUGCCCUGUGUACAAAGAAGCACUCCCUUUUUCGCGAGAUAUUUGUUGUCUAUAAAAGCACGUCAAAUGCAGUAAAGCAGGCAGUUCAUCGGCAAAUCCCAAUACUAGUUCGCACUAUUGGUUCAUCAUCUGAAUUUCUUGAAAUUAUUUCAGACCCACCAACUGGAAGCGAGAGCCUUUUGAUGCAGGUUUUGCAUACACUGACAGAUGGGAUCAUUCCUUCUCCAGAAUUAAUAUUGACCAUUAGAAAGUUAUAUGAUACAAAAGUAAAGGAUGUAGAGGUUCUAAUUCCAAUAUUGUCAUAUUUACCAAAAGAUGAGGUUUUGCGGAUUUUUCCACAUCUUGUUAAUCUCCCCUUAGAUAAGUUCCAAGCUGCACUUGCUCGUGUUUUGCAGGGUUCUUCUCAAUCUGGUCCAUUGAUCUUGCCUGCUGAAGUGUUAAUUGCUAUCCACGGGAUUGAUCCUGACAGAGACGGAAUUCCUUUGAAGAAGGUCACUGAUGCAUGUAAUGCUUGUUUUGAGCAAAGGCAGAUAUUCACCCAACAAGUUCUUGCAAAGGUCUUGAAUCAAUUGGUUGAGCAGAUUCCUCUUCCCUUGUUGUUCAUGCGUACAGUCUUACAGGCUAUAGGUGCUUUUCCAGCACUGGCUCAUCCCUUGCAGCUAACUAAUGACAGUCAUGCAAAUCCUUUUUCUUUACUAUAUAACCCUCUGAAGUUGGUUGGUGCAAAUGAGCUGAAUUGCCUGUAAGGUAUUCGAUAUCUGUGAAAGUAAAAAUGAUUUGACUUGUUAAAAUUGACUCUUAUCCUAUGAAGCACUGGUGCGGGUACUGAUACGGAUACGGGUACGAUACGAGUAUGCCGAUACAACAAAUUUAAAAAAAGUAGGAUAUGGGUAUGGCUGAGGUAUGCCUUUCUUUUUUUUAAAAAACAAAAAAAUUUUAAAUUUAUAGCUAAACAUCCAACAUACAAAUUAAAUAACAAUUUUUUUAUUGUGUCUACUAUAGUCUACGACUGUAAAAAGAAGGCACUGUUAAAUACCUUUGUUUUUUUUAAGAUGAUCACAGAGAAGGCUCUAAACUUGCAAGUUGCAUGAAAUUCCAGUGGAUGUGAGGAAAAAAAUAUAAAAAAUAAUAUAUAUAUAUGAUAUGUAUCAGAAAAAAAAAAGAGGUGAGUUCAAGAAAAAGGAAGAAGGAUCAAAGAAAGAGAAAAUCAAAGAGGAGAGAAUCGAAUCAAAAAAACGAAGGGGGAAAAAAAGAAGGAAAAAAAAAGAAAAGAACAGAUCAGUUUGUUUGCUGCAAAGAAAAAAAAAAUCUGGAAAAAAAUGAAAGAAAGAGGAAGAAGAAUUGAAGAAAAACAAAGGAAAAAAAAAAGAGUUAUCUUUGUUCUUCGUUUGCUGCCGAAAGAGUACAAAAUCUGGAGAAAAAAAAAAAGAUGAAAAAAGAGGAAGAAAAAUCGAACAAAAUCUGCGAAGAAAGAGUACAAAAUCUCCAAAGAAACAGAACAAACUGGAAUCGAAGAAGAAUCGAAGAAACAGAACAAACAUAAAAAAAAAAAAAAAUGAAAGAAAGAGGAA